GACCAUCUCUCAAUUGCUAUAAAUACAGCUUUCGUUAAGCCAUAAACUCCACAAUAAAAAACAAUUAACGAUUACAAUCACUAUCACUCUUCGUCCAACCAAAAUCAACUACCAAAAGUACAAUCAACACAAUGGAAGGUACUACCUGGACUGCAUAUGCUGCAGUAUUUCUUGGUACUCUGUUUCUUUUGCUUCUCUCCAAAUUUCUUCGCCAGAGGAAACUCAACUUACCUCCAGGCCCAAAACCAUGGCCGAUCAUCGGAAAUUUAAACCUUAUUGGCAGCCUUCCUCACCGAUCCAUCCACGAUCUCUCCGUCAAGUACGGACCCAUUAUGCAACUACAAUUCGGGUCUUUUCCAGUUGUAGUUGGCUCCUCUGUAGAAAUGGCCAAAAUUUUCCUCAAAACCAUGGAUAUCAACUUUGUCGGCAGGCCUAAAACCGCUGCCGGAAAGUACACUACUUAUAACUAUUCAGAUAUUACAUGGUCCCCGUACGGAUCCUAUUGGCGUCAGGCACGUAGAAUGUGCCUGAUGGAAUUGUUCAGUGCAAAACGGCUCGAUUCAUACGAGUAUAUUCGGGAUCAGGAACUUCAUUCUAUUCUUCAUAAUUUGAACAAAUUAUCGGGGAAACCGAUUCUGCUGAAAGAUUAUUUGACGACUCUGAGUUUAAAUGUUAUUAGCAGAAUGGUAUUGGGGAAAAGUUAUUUGGACGAAUCCGAAAACUCGAUUGUGACUCCUGAUGAAUUUAAAAAGAUGUUGGAUGAAUUGUUCUUACUUAAUGGAGUCCUCAAUAUUGGAGAUUCAAUUCCCUGGAUUGAUUUCAUGGACUUGCAAGGUUAUGUUAAGAGGAUGAAAGUUGUAAGCAAGAAAUUCGACAAAUUUCUCGAGCAUGUACUUGAUGAGCAUAACGUGAGAAGGAACGCAGUGGAAAACUACGUUGCUAAGGACAUGGUGGAUGUUCUAUUGCAGCUUGCUGAUGAUCCAACUCUGGAUGUUAAGCUGGAGAGACAUGGAGUCAAAGCAUUCACUCAGGACUUGUUGGCUGGUGGAACUGAGAGUUCAGCAGUGACAGUAGAAUGGGCAAUUUCAGAGUUGUUGAAGAAGCCAGAGAUUUUCAAAAAAGCUACAGAGGAAUUGGAUCGAAUAAUAGGCCAAAACAGAUGGGUACAAGAAAAAGACAUCCCGAAUCUUCCUUACAUAGAGGCCAUUGCGAAAGAGACUAUGCGUCUGCACCCAGUGGCACCAAUGUUGGUGCCACGUGAGUGCCGGGAAGACUGCAAGGUAGCCGGCUACGAUGUUCAAAAAGGAACCAGGGUGCUCGUGAGCGUGUGGACUAUCGGAAGGGAUCCAACAUUGUGGGACGAGCCUGAGGCGUUCAAACCCGAGAGGUUCCUCGAGAAGUCCAUCGAUGUCAAAGGACAUGAUUUUGAGCUUUUGCCAUUUGGAGCUGGGAGAAGGAUGUGCCCUGGAUACAGCUUGGGUCUUAAGGUGAUUCAAGCUAGUUUAGCUAAUCUUCUUCAUGGAUUUAAUUGGUCAUUGCCUGAUAAUAUGACUCCUGAGGAACUCAACAUGGAGGAAAUUUUUGGGCUUUCAACACCCAAAAAGUUUACACUUUCUACUGUGGUUGAGCCAAGGCUUCCAUCAAAACUUUACUCUGUUUAAUUCAGCACUGGUUGUUUGUUUGAAUUGAUGCUCU